AUCACCUUUUAUGUAGCCUAGCAAGUCCAUUCUCCUCACGGCGCUCCUCCAUUCCCCCACCCCCUCCCCCUCUUUAAAACAGCUGUUGUAGAAAAAGGCAACAAAAACCAAUGCGAGGCUGCAAUGCAAAACAUGCUGAGUUCCUGAUUAUUUACUUCUCACGCAGUUUGUUGUGUAACGUGAAUUUUGGAUGAUGUUACGUAAACGUUUGGGACAAAUUAAAUGAAUUGUUCGUGAGAUGCUUCACAACCAGCUCAACUUCUUCUCCACUUUCCUGACUUUCGAAGCCCAAAUAUAAGGAGAUGGUUGAAAGAAUUGCCAACAUGUUGUUCAAGUCGGUUUUGAGGUCUCCGGCUCGGACGUUUUCCAGUCUGACCUCAUCUUCUGCGAAUUUGGUUGGACCAGGUAUACUGCCCAGGACAGUCCCUUUGCUGCCGACAGAGCAUUUCAAAUUCAUCAGUCCCAUCAGCCACACAAAAUUACGGAAGCUGAAACGAGAGUACAAAGCUGUUUGCUCCUUGUUGGCCAGAUCAGGGUUUAAAGUAAACUCCAGAAAUUUCCAUUCGACCGUUUGGUUUGCCCAGAACAAUAAAAGCCCUGGCAAUCCUUCUCCGAAUCAGCAACCUCCUGACAACGACAAGAAACCGAACAGAGAGGACGAUGAGGAAACCAAAAUUUCUUCUCUUCUGGCCAAAGCUUUUCUAUGGAUGCUGACAGCCUAUCUGCUCAUUGGUGUUGUUUCACUCCUCUUUCCGAGCAGCAACCAACCAGAGGUCACGAGGUACGUUUCCUGGAACGAAUUUGUGCACCACAUGCUGGCCAAGGGAGAAGUGGAGGAAGUGAUUGUCCGUCCGGACAUGGACAUAGUUACCAUCAUUUUGCACGAGGGUGCGAUCAUCAAAGGCCGAAGGAUUGACCACAAAACCUUCCACAUGAACAUAGUGGACACCAACAAAUUUGAAGAGAAAUUACGAGCCGCCGAACAGAGACUGGGAAUCAAUUCUGAGAACGGCGUUCCUGUGAUUUACGAGAGAAAUUCGGACACAGCCGGAAAGUUGCUGGCCUCAUUGAUAGUCGUAGCUCUGCUUCUCUCACUCCUCUCUCGCAGCAAAACUCUCAAAACUCCCACCAACAUGGACCCAUUUUCGCAAAUGAGUCGAGCCAAAUUCACGUUGGUCGAUCCGCUAACCAGUCCUGGGAAAGGAGUGCAUUUCUCGGACGUUGCUGGUCUCAAAGAGGCCAAGCAGGAGGUCAGUGAGUUUGUUGACUACCUCAAGAGGCCGGAAUACUACAAGAAACUUGGAGCCAAGGUUCCGAAAGGAGCUCUGCUGCUUGGACCUCCCGGCUGUGGCAAAACAAUGCUUGCCAAGGCUGUUGCGACUGAGUCCAAUGUUCCGUUCCUCUCUAUGAAUGGCUCCGAGUUCAUCGAAAUGAUUGGAGGUCUUGGUGCUGCCAGGGUCCGAGAUCUCUUCCGCGAGGCUAAAAAGCGCUCGCCAUGCAUCAUUUACAUCGACGAAAUCGACGCCAUUGGCAGAAAGAGAAGUUCAGGAACAGGCCAAUUUGACGGAGCUGUUGGAGAAGGAGAGCAAACCCUGAAUCAAUUGCUAGUCGAAAUGGAUGGCAUGGCCUCCAAGGAAGGGGUUCUUAUGCUGGCCUCGACCAAUAGAGCAGAUGUCUUGGACAAAGCGUUGCUGAGACCUGGAAGAUUUGACAGGCAUAUUUUAAUUGAUUUACCAACACUGGAGGAGCGCAGGGAAAUUUUUGAACAUCACCUCAAAGUUAUCAAAUUAGAAAAUACUCCCAGCUCUUAUUCCAGGCGAAUGGCAUUUUUAACCCCAGGAUUUAGCGGUGCUGAUAUUGCCAACGUUUGCAAUGAGGCGGCUUUGCAUGCUGCCCGGGACAAGCACAAAAUUGUUGCAGGCUCCGAUCUUGAGUACGCAGUUGAGAGGGUGGUCGGUGGCACCGAGAAAAGGUCCCAAACAAUGUCGCCCCAAGAAAAGAUGGUUGUCGCCUACCACGAAUCGGGCCACGCUCUGGUCGGUUGGAUGCUGCCAACAACGGAUGCCUUGCUGAAAGUUACCAUUGUUCCAAGAACAAACAUGGCCCUUGGUUUUGCCCAGUAUUCUCCUUCUGAUCAGAAAUUGCACACCAAAGAAGAGUUAUUUGAGAGAAUGUGCAUGGCUUUGGGCGGACGUGUUGCUGAGUCCCUCACCUUCAACCGAAUCACCACUGGUGCUCACAACGACUUGCAGAAAGUCACAAAAAUGGCUUAUGCACAGGUGAAGCAAUUUGGUAUGAGCCCGGAGGUAGGGUUGGUCUCAUUUCCGGAGGAGAACUCGAGAGAAAUGGGAAAGCGGCCGUACAGCAGACAACUUGCUGGCAUGAUGGAUCGAGUGGCCCAAGACUUGAUCGCCAGGGCCUACAAAGUGACUGAAAAGGUCCUGCAGGAAAACAAGGAAAAACUGGAAAAGAUUGCCGAAGAGUUAUUGAAACGAGAAGUGCUGAAUUACGACGACAUUGUGACUCUGAUUGGGCCUCCUCCUCACGGGAAAAAGAAGCUGAUCGCGCCUGCGGACUUUGAAGUGUCAGUCAGCGAAGACGCUGGCGUGGGCAACGACACUCCAGACGCAGCCGAACAAGAAAAAGAGUGAAUGGAUCUAAUAGUUUCCCAUGAUAAUAAAACUGAACAUGUUAGAA